CACUGAUGCCAGUGAAGAUCUACAUAAGAUCUCUCCAAAACCUCUCUAUAAAUAAGGGUACUAUCUCUUGAUCUUCCUCACAAUCAUCUCACCUUCUCUCUCUCUCUCUCUCUUCCUGUUUUUCCAUUCCUUUGCUAGCUUCUUCAAUAUACAGAGAUGGCGUUCACAGAAGCUACUCUGAACCUAAUGAGGAAUAUGAUGUACUUGAUGCAAAUGGAGCUCUUGACGAAAGAUAGGACAAACGAACCGAAGGAACAAGAUUUCAUUAGUAGACUCGGAAAAUCAGAUGACGGAAAUGGUGGGAACAUGAUAGAUCGUUCUCUCUCACUUGGUCUGAAGCUCGAUAACAACCCAACUCCAACUAAUCCCUCCACUGCUAACUUCUAUGGCCCCUCUCCUAUCCGUCGACAGGUAAGGAACAACCAUCAUGGAGAUCAGGUAACUAAAGCAAUGGCAUUUCAACAUAGGGUUAGUCCUAGCUCUGAUCACCAUGUUACCCCCAACAACAAUAGUAAAAACACUACAGGGUUCAUUGAUUUCUUGGGGGAAACACCCGUAAUGUCAUUUGUUCCUCCUCGUCGUUGUAUGAUCCCCAUACUUGCAAUGAAAUAUGCUAGAGAAGAUCUAAGUUUGGCACCUCCUCAACCUAUUGGUGAAAACCCAUUUCAGAGAGGCAUGAUGGCUAACCUGAAUCCCAGCAAUGGCUACGGAAAUGGAAACAAAGUCUGUACCAUCUGUAAGAGGGGCGAUACACCGCUUUGGCGUGCCGGGCCUCAUGGCCCCAGGACUCUUUGUAACGCAUGUGGCAUUCAUUUCCAGAAGCUGCAGAAGAGAGUUCAGUGGAGCAGUGAGGCCUUCCCCAAACCCAAAAAUGUUAUUAGGAAACCAUAAUAAGUACAAAGAUAGUGAUGGAGGGGAUAAUGUUGUUUGAAGAAUAAAGUUUAUCCAUAUACUGCAUGAUGUGAUGAACUAUUUUUUUUUUCUUUGGUAGAACAUGACAUGAUGAACUGUACCAACUUACAAACCCUUUAAUCUCUCUCUCUCUCUCUCUCUCUCUCUCUCUCUUAAAUAGUCACCUUUAUUUUUCUUCUUUUAACCCUAAUUAAGUUAAUGCUUCUCUUUUUA